UCUCAGUCAUAAUCCUUGAACAACUAUGGAAGAUUCAUAUCUUUUUCAAUUGCCAGCAUUAAAAUAUCUAGACAUGGGAGCAACACAAGUGUCGCUUGGACCAGUCCAAAACAUCCUCAUGAUGACUCUUGAAUUGGAAAAACUGAUAUUACCUAGGCAUCUCACCUGCUGCCUCUGCCAAUUUAAGAAUAAAAUAGACUCUGUCUGCAAAGUAGUCAAACUACAUUGUGAAUGUACCAGCAGUACACACUGCGGUGAGUCUGAAUUGCCUGCUGAUAGCUUUUUAAUUUGUUUCAUUUUAACUUUAAUCACUAAUGGUCCAUUUUAAACUGAUUAUGCAGUUGCAUUAUUUUUAUUCAGAGUUCAACUCCCUAUAUUUCUAAGAAUGAUUUCCCUUGGUAAAGUCAGAAUCUCAGUCACAUCAUUACCUUA